GGUGAUCCGCUGUGUCCGAGGGACACAGCACACCGCCGAUCGCCACGCUCCGGGAGCUGUCACAUGAGAGCCGGUAAUCGGCAUUCCGCAGAGGGGACAUCUACACUGAUCAUCAGAGCACUGAUGGUCAGUGUGCCCUGAUGAUCAUCGUAGCCCCAGCAGGGCCACCUGUCAGUUUCCAUCAGUGCCAGCUGUCAGUGCUCAUCAGUGCCACAUGCCAGUGCCACAUAUCAGUGCCUACCAGUGCACAUCAAUGCCACAUAUCAGUGCCCGUCUGAGCUGCCUUUCAGUGUCACCUGUCAGUGCCGCCUAUCAGUGCCAUAUAUCAGUGCUGCCUUUCAUUGCCACCUAUCAGUGCCUCUUCAUUAGUGAA